AUGGUUCGGUCGCACCAUGUACUUGACAAACGGAGUUCGCUCUUUGACGUCGUAGCGCAUUUUGGCUUCCAGGAUUUCCAGAGCUCGUUCGUGCAGGACUGGAUUCCUGACAUGGCUCGUCGUAUGUUGGCCCCUUGGGUGGCUUUGGCCUGCUUCUUCGCCAUGGGCUACACCUUCCUCGCGCCUCCUAAGGCUGAGAUCCCUGUCGCAGCCCUGACUGCGGCCAUGGCGCCAGCCGCGGCACAAGCCAUGGACAUGCCGGAAGUGGGCUCCACUUUGAACCUGUCGGCCCCUUUGGAGACCGUGAUGCUGGGCAUUGUCUUGGGCACUGUGCCCAUCACAGUCUUCGGGCUGUUGGUCUCUGCCUGGUUGCAGUUCAAGAAGGGCCCAACCCUCGGCAUUUGA